CUCAUGUUAACCACACCCGCCCUCACAACGCAAUCUCCCCACCCAUUCCUGCAUUAAACUGUGACUCAAAAGGAGCAACGAUGGUUACGUACCGUCUUAACACUAAAGCUGCUUGUUCAAUCUCUUGUAUGGGAGGCGCUCUGGUUGCUCUAUGGUUAGCAUCAGCUGUUGCUGCUGCAAUUGAAUCUAUUCCAUUGUUCCCUAAGCUAAUGCAAGUUGUUGGUCUUGGAUACACAGUCUGGUUCAGCUCCCGCCAUCUGUUAUUCAAGGAAAACAGGGAUGAGUUGGCUGCUAAAAUUAAAGAGCUCAAGCGGCAGGUUCUUGGAUUAAAUGAUGAUGGUAAAGCACCUGACCCUUCGGGUCAACUGGUACUCUGUCAGCUUGAGCUGCAUUCUCCCUCUUUUGUGGGCGGGCUUCGAGUCCAUCCCUUGACAAUUUAUUCCAAAAAAUAAUAAAAAAAAAAAAAAGAAAAGAUGAUGGUAAAAAGGCAACAGCUCAAAAUGGAACCUUGCACAAUUAAUGCAAAGAACAAAAUGGAAAGAAUAAAAGUGAGGCAAGGACAGUAGAAAUCUGAUGCAUUUGGAAAAACUCAAAUUGAGGAAAAUUAGCAGUUAAAUAGCCAUUGGAGAUUUUUGUCCUGUAAGAAAUUAAUGCACUUAUUUUGUGAAUUUUUACAAUUAUUUUCAUUACUCAAAUCAAGUUAUGAUGUAAUUUGAAAAUAUAUUAUAAAUAACAGA